UUACUUUAUCUUCGUUACUUCGCUUAGUGAACAUGAUGGAUGGGAGACUAAGAGAAAAGCAAGAUGAAAAUGUCCUAGUAGAGAGGAGGUAGAAACUAACUAGUUUUUAUACAAGGCAUAAAGGCAUACAGAAAAACACAUCUCGUUUUCUUCUGUGUUGAUCACCGACAACUCAUGUUUCCAUUGAUCUGAUAACAGUAGAUAAAUGAUAUAAUGGUCGUCUCAUGUCAUCUCGUAUUGUCGCAAUGGUAUCAGGAAAGAUCAUAAAGAACAGGUUUUUAAAUAUCUGACAAAUAAAGACGAAGGUAGGAAAACAACUUUUACUUUGUAUUUGACAGUCCUUUCCUUAAAGGUUAAGUUCCCUUAGUCUCGAAAGACGGUCUAUUCGCAUGGGUUUACUAUUGCAUCAGCCAAAGGCAACAAUAUCCGUGUAAAUGUGAUGUUGUUCUCUAAUCACAACAGUUACUCGCUAGCGGAUUCGUUGCUAGCGGAUUCGUUGUUGAAAUUACGACAAAUACAAAUGUUGAAAUUGAGAAGGAAUCUGAGCUAAUGUUUUUGUCUAUAAAUAUCGAACCUUUCUGGUCAUGCAGGGUUUCAAUCAUUUCUGUCGGGGUUUUUCUUGGACGAUUUUGAUACGUGGAUCAUUUUCAUAAACAUUAUAUAGAAUAAAUAUAGACUAUAUAUAUAUAUAUAUUCCCUCUUUUCGAAUAUUUGGAUUGUUUUGGUGACUACUAAAAUGGUGUUCGACAGUGAUCAUUUCGAAACUCUUCAGUUGCAUGCUGGCCAAGAACCAGAUAACACGACCACCUCCCGUGCUGUGCCUAUUUAUGCCACGACAUCCUAUGUGUUUCGAGACUGUGAGCAUGGUGGUCGUUUGUUUGGCUUACAAGAGCCAGGAUACAUCUACUCCCGAAUGAUGAAUCCUACCUGUGAUGUCUUUGAAAAACGAAUUGCUGCUUUAGAGCAUGGAGUUGCAGCAUUGUGUACGAGUUCUGGUACCUCCGCUGCUUAUAUGGCUUUGACGACCUUGGCCGGAAAUGGCGAUAAUAUCAUUUCUACCUCUUACCUUUAUGGAGGGACCUUUAAUUUAUUUAAAGUCACUUUUCCACGCAUUGGUAUCACUACAAAAAUCAUUGAGGGUGAUGAUGUUGAUAAACUGGUGGCGCAAAUUGAUGAGAAAACAAAAGCCAUUUAUGUCGAGUCUAUUGGCAACCCCAAGUAUAAUGUGCCCGACUUUGAACGGAUUGCCGAGGUUGCUCAUACAGCCGGUGUCCCUCUCGUAGUCGACAACACCUUCGGCGGUGGUGGAUAUUUGAUUCGUCCUAUCGACUACGGGGCAGACAUUGUUGUGCAUUCGGCCACGAAGUGGAUUGGCGGUCAUGGCACGACGAUGGGAGGUGUCAUCGUUGAUAGCGGUAAAUUUGACUGGAAGAAAAAUGCGAAACGCUUUCCUGAACUGGUGGAGCCUCAUCCCGGUUACCAUGGAUUACGUUUCGUCGAAGCUUUUGGGAACGCAGCCUAUGCUUUUGCUGUCCGAACUCAAGCUCUUCGUGAUGUCGGUGGUAAUGCCAGUCCUUUUGCUGCUUUUCUUUUGAUUCAAGGACUCGAGACCCUCUCUUUACGUAUGGAACGCCACGUCCAAAACGCUUUUGCCCUUGCACAAUACUUGGAAAACCAUCCAAACGUUAAAUGGGUUUCCUACCCUGGCCUAACUUCACACCCUUCGCACGAUCUCGCCAAAAAAUACUUAAAGCAUGGCUACGGUGCCGUCCUUAGCUUUGGUGCCAAGGGAGGCCCUGAUCAGAGUCGCAAAGUCGUAGACUCUUUAAAACUAGCUAGUCAACUUGCUAAUGUCGGGGAUGCCAAGACUUUAGUUAUUGCUCCUGCCUAUACCACUCACCUACAGUUGAAUGACUCCGAGCAACUAAGUGCUGGCGUCACAAAAGACCUUAUUCGUGUUUCUGUGGGCAUUGAGCAUAUCGAUGAUAUUAUUGCUGAUUUUUCUCAAGCGCUAAAUUUUGAGUCAGACUAGCUAAAACGUUCGCGCCCUAUUUUGCAAACAAGGGUCUGAAUCUGUACUUGCUAUUAUACUUGCGUCUUUCAAUGAUUACAAACAUACAAAAGUGAUGAAUCAAAAAGCAUUCUAAUCAACAUCUAAUUAGCACUUGCAACUACGACUUUCUACAAACUUCCGUCUUUAUAAUAUCAUAGUGAAUAGAUUUACAUAUGAACCAAGAGAUUAAUUCUACAAUCUUCCAACAUGCAAGCACAAGAGCA